AUGGAGGGUGGAGUGGACGUGCAAGAGCGGCCGACGGCGAGCGGAAACAACACGGUAGACAUCGAUGGACCCCACGAGGAGGAAAACAAGUUCCAGAAGGCUAUUGGAGCGUGGAGGAACAUUGACCUCACCACCCUGAUCCCUCAACUCGACACCGUCGCCUCAGAUAUUGUCGCACACCAGCGAGACACGCUCACACAACGAAAGGACCUCGCGCAGAAAACAAAGGACUUCAGGAAACUCGACGAUGCAAGCAAACUCAACGACUUCAAGGGACUACUCAAGUCCUACCAAAACUUCAUCGACCUCAUAUCCAACCAGUCCAAGACCGUACAAGCCGCUUUCUUCCAAGUCUACUCUCCGCUGUCCGAGGCACCCGACCCAUACCCUCUUCUCGAUGCCUCGGUCGAUUCCCUGGUGACUGCAGAAGAGGUUGUGCCCAAACUCACGGCCGAGAACGAACGACUGCAGAACACGGUAGCGAAGCUGACCACGCAACUGGAUGAGACGGAGAAGUCGCUCGAGGAGGAACGGGCUGCGCGCAAGGCUGUAGAGGAAAGCAGGGACGCCAAGAUCAAGGAGGUGGAAGCCUCAUGGGAAGCAGUAUUGGAUGAGAAGCGCGACAACUGGGUGUCCAAGGAGAAGAGUUUGGAAGAAAAGGUCGAGAACCAAGAUCGACUACUCAAGGAGCUCAAAGCCAGCUACGAGGUUUCACAGCGACUGGGUCGAGGAGAGGAGGCCGAGGGUGACGGUGGACGAGGGGCUACGGCUGCAGAACUCGAGAUUGUGAGCUCAGAGUUGGAGAGAGCCAGCCAUCGCUUGGCAGAAGUCGAGGCUCGCAAUGAACAAUUGCGCCUCGAGCUCGCCCAGUCUGCUUCGGCACCAGCCCAGCAGAUCGCCAUCGAAGACGAUCCUGCCUACCUACGGUUGCGGUCCGAGAACUCGUCACUGUUACGCAAGCUUGAAAAUGCACGCUUCGAAAAGGACUCGGAGCGGACCCGCCUAGAAACAGAGACUCGAAGUCUGGAACGGGAAAUCAAGUCACUCAAGAGUGAGAAGGAGGCGCUACGAGAAAAGGUUCAAAGGUGGGGUGACUACGAGAAUGUGAAGCAGGAGCUGGAGGUUCUCAAGUCGAUUGAAUUCGCAACUGGUGACGACGACGACGAAGCCACCGAAAUUGCCCUUUCCCAGAACGGAACGGCCAGCAAAGGCAAAGGAGAGACACUCGAACAACUCCUCCUCGCGCGCAACAAGAAGCUCAGCAACGAGCUGACGGUCCUACGCGUCUCGCACCAAGAUCUCCAAAGCAGACUCGAAGCAUUGCAAGAGGAGCUUUCCCAAGCAAACAUGGACUUGGAGAAAUCUAGAGCACUCAACGAGACGCUAGAAGCCGAUCUCGAAAAGGUCCAACAAGAGGCCACGAAUGCGUUUGAUCCUGCCAUGUCCGUAGCGGGAACCUACGUAUCACGCUUCCCACAGUCCUCGUACGGUGGUGGCCGCCGCGGCCGCUCAUCCCCCACCUCCUCUAUCAUCUCGGGCUUCGACUCUUCCUCCCAAGCCCCAACCCUCGCCUCCCUCCGCGCAGGCGGCAGCAGCGAACCCAUGGGCGCCGGCUCCGGCAUCCUCCCCAUGAUCACUGCCCAACGUGACCGCUUCAAAAAGCGCAACGCAGAACUGGAAGCCGAGGUGCAAAAAUCUUACCAAACCAUCUCCUCGCUCCGGAGCGAAAUCAACGCUCUACAAAAAGAUAACCUCGACCUCUACGAGAAAACCAGAUAUGUGAGCUCGUACAACUCAGUCAAUCGCACCACGGCCUCGAGCGCAAACGCUUACACCGCAAACCCCAAUCCCUCCACCGUGAACAUUGGUGCUACCAGGCCUGCAGACGCUCGCGCAGCCGCAGCCGCAGACCACAAGUACCGCGCCGCGUACGAAACCUCGCUGAGUCCGUUUGCCGCCUUUCGCGGCCGCGAAUCCGCCCGCGCCAUCAAGCGCAUGCACCUCUUUGAGCGCAUCGUCCUGCGCAUCACCAAAUUUGUGCUGCAGAGUCGGACGACGCGCAAUGCAUUUGCAGUCUACCUGCUGGGCAUUCACGUCCUCGUGUUUUACAGCUUGUUUGCGUAUGAGACGGCGGGUGUGGGGGCUGGGGCCGCGGCGGCCAUGGCCGCGAGCCAGGCUGGGGGACCGGUGCCGGGGGUUGAGGAUGUGGGGGCGGUCGUGAGGAGUGUGGAUGGGGCUACGGUGGAGUAG